AUGAGUUAAAAGUGGAAAUUAAUACCAUAAUACAUUUAAGAAUUAUAAGAAUAGAAUGAUGAAAAUUCUCUUGCAAUUUUAAGAAAGCUAGGUAAAUUGUAAAAUUUAAAAGAAGUAUUCAUUAAAUUUUUAUUAAUAGUGUGUUGAUAGAGAUGAAAGUGAAUUAAAAAAAUAAUAUAUUUUAUUAAUGAGAGAGAGAAAUGAAUACUUUAAGAAAUUAAAGGCCAUUUAACUUAUAAAUGAACAAAAUCCUAACUCUUAACUUGCCUAAUCUAUUUAAUUGUUAUUUGAUGCAAUUAAUAAGUAAUAAUGAC